AUGACAGAGGUGCAUUUUAAGUACCAUGGAAAUCUCACUGGGAGGGCCCAUUUUCCCACUCUGGCAACAGAGGUUGAUACCACGUCAGACAAGUAUUCCAACCUGUACAUGUAUGUGGGUUUAUUCCUGAGCCUCUUGGCCAUUCUCCUCAUCCUGCUCUUCACAAUGCUCCUUCGGCUCAAACACGUCAUCUCGCCCAUCUCCGAGAGCACAGAAAGUGUUCCUCAGUUCACAGACGUAGAGAUGCAGAGCCGAAUUCCCACUCCUUAA